AUGAGUCGUUAUUUCGCAUGGAAUGCAGUCGUUCUAGUUCGAGCCACUUUACAGUUACUUUACCCUUCCGUCAACCUGUUACUGAUGAAAUCAGAUAAAACAGAUCCAAAAAUUCGCCUGCAAGAAUAUCAGCUUAACACAGUUACGUACGGGGUGAAUUGUGCGCCGUACCUUACCAUUCAUGUGUUACAACAUAUCACGGAUUCUGACUGCACCGAAUUCCUAUCCAUUCGUAAGGCAUUGUUAUUUCACACAUAUCUUGAUAAUAUAUGCGUCGGUGCCGAUUCCGAAGAUGCAGCAGUACAACUGCAGUCUGCACUGAUCGCUGUUCUCGGCCAAGUUGGGCUGGAAUUAAAGAAAUGUUCCAACAAUAUUCAUUCAAUUUUGAAUAACGUGCCCCCGGAAGACAGAGCGAACGGUGCAUUGCCAUUUGACGAAGGUGACGGAGUUAAGGUGUUAGGUCUCCGAUGGAGCCCAUACAAUGAUGCAUUUCAAAGUGAGAAGCUGAUAACUACGAAACGAGGCAUGCUAUUGUUAAUAGACCGAAUAUUUGACCUUUUAGGACUUCUAUUGCCGGUCGAUUUUAUGGCGAAACAUUUUAUGAAGCUGGUAUGGCAGGCUAACGUCAUCUGGGAUGAACCAUUACCACCUUCCGUCAGUGAAGUCUGGCACCAAUCUGUAACAGAGUUGCCGAAACUUCGGAAACUUUGUAUUCCGCGCUUUGUUCAUACGCGGUUCAUACGUGUUGUAUGCGAUUUCUGUGACACAUCUGAACGUGGAUACGCAACAGUCAUUUAUAUUCGUUCUGAAACUUUAUCAGGUUCUUCUUUCGUGUCCUUGCUGGGUUCUAAAACUAAACUGGCCCCGAUUACUGCAUCGACAAUCCCGCGGUUGGAGCUGUGUGGCGUAGUCCUUCUAGCAAAGUGA